UCCCUCCAGCCAGAACAAGCCCUCCUGUAUGUGGAAGAACAGCUGCUCUUCAUCACCAGCUCACAGGUGGCUGUGAGCUCCACACUCUGCGCCCCGUUAGUGACACAAGUGGCCUUUUUUUCCUUCUCGUAGAAACCAGAAUCUCACUCGUUGUUUUGUUUUCGUUGGAUUGGAGGUCUGCUUGGGAACACCGCAACACUCUGAGUCAAAUUGUAAUCACUGGCACUUCCUAUCUGGAUUUUUAGUUUUAUUCCCCCUUUAUAAGGUUGAUGAGCUGAACAGGACAUUCUCGGGUAGUAAAGUGGUGACACGUGCAGCAGGCUUAUGAUAUUCUGCCAUCAGCACAUCCUCUGCUCCUGUUGGGCAAACACGCUGAGUCAUAGUUUACUGUUGCUUCUGACAAAGUCCUACGUAAUGUUUCUGUGUGCUUGUGACAUUGAAUCACAUGUCGAACAUUCCAGAUCGGGGCCGGGAAGUUAUUUUGUCUGGAUUGUCUGAAAUCUGACACCAUCUGCUGCUCUGAAAGCGGCUCAUUGAUGAUUUUUAUGAAACCCAUGUAAAGCAGCUCUAAUUCUGUAGACAUCUUUAAACAGUUUAAUAGCUAAAAAUCCCCACAAUGGACAAUUUACCUCAGUUAACAAGUAACAGUCUAGAAUCAUGUUUUUUAUUCUCCCGUUGAAUCGGCUUGUGAAGAUGGCUACAUUUUUUAUUUUUUUUCUAAAUCAAAACUAAAAAAAAUCUUUUUUUAACAUCUGUAGCAGAAACUGUAUUUUUAAUUAAAAAGACAGGCAUAAAAAUCUGACAUUUGUUCUGAUCUCAGAGGCACUUUGAGAAUACGAAGUUUCAUAUGUGGCCACAUGGAUUAAAGUUAGCUGUGUUAACGAAUUUUUCAGUUAUGACCUCAUGAGUUCCUAAACUUGGAGGAUGACUGAUUAAACGGCAGAUGACCUCACAUGUUCACGGAUUAGUGACUAAUAAGAGUGAUUGUAUGGUCGGGAGUUCAUAAGUAUUUAAUUAUGGAAAAAAGCAGAAAGUAAUUUUUGAAAUCCAAAAUGUUUGAGAUUUAUCAACCAGUUCAACAUAAUUCGUUGUUGAAUCAAACUUUUAUGUGUGUAUUAACAGAUUUUUCUAAAUAUUGACCCUUUUUUGCAUCAUUUUUGAACGUACAACAUGUGCUUUUCAAACUUUCACUGAACCUUUUAAUUAGGAGUAAUACAUGCACGUUGGAGGUGUUCCUCACUAGUGUGUGUGUGUGUGAGUGAGUAAAGUAGGCCAGGACAGUGUAAACAUCUGGCUCAGUCCAGCGCUUGCUGCCUGUUGAAAGCCGUGACAGAUGGCAGGGGAGCGGAUGGGUCAGACACUUCCAUCUUUUAACGUAUCACAGUUGUCUUCCUAAAAUAGCCUCCACUCCACCUCCUUAUAUGUGCAGGCCUUCAGCGUGUGUGUGUGUGUGUGUGUGCACGCCUGAGGGGGCAUCAUGUAUCUAGGCCACACAAUACAGGCUGGGUGUUCAUUGUUGCAGCCUUCCAGCGGGUCUGUGCGCCCCAGGGACGAGGCCUCUUCAGCAUGCAUCUCACUCAGCUCAACCGUGAGUGUCUCCUCCACCUUUUCUCCUUCCUGGACAAGGACAGCCGCAGGAGUUUGUCCCUAACCUGUCGUCAGCUGCGGGAGGUCUUCCUGGACCCCUGCCUUUGGAAUCUACUCCACUUCAGCUCACCGUGCCAGCUCAGGAAGGACAACUUUGUGCUGGGACCCUCACUGCGCUAUCUGACCAUUUGCUGGUACUCCAGCAGGGUCCUGCAGGUGUGCAACAUAGAGGACUGGUUGAAGAGCUCGUUCCAGAAGGACAUCUGCAGCAAACAUGAGAGCCUGGUCAGCAAUUUCCUGGCUCAGGUCUGCCACAUGUGUCCCAACCUCCUCUCACUGACCCUCUCGGGCUGCGCACACAUCACCGACCUGGAUGUGACCUCCGUGCUGCGGAGCUGCAGGAAGCUGCGCAGCCUCCACCUGGAGAACUGCGUCCGGAUCACAGACUGCAGUUUGGAGGGAGUAGCGGUGCACGGAGGACAUCUGGAGGAGGCCAGAGUGGAUUUCUGUAGGAACAUCACUCAGGCAGGGCUGCAGAGCUGUAAGGAGGCGAGACCAGUGAUGCGUCUGAGUGCAGAGAGGAGCGCUGAUAUGAUCCCUGACAGUAAACCUGAAGAGAAGGUGCAGCUCAGGAGAUCACUGCCGAAAGUCCUGCAGUUCUCCUGACUAGAAAGAACUUCAUUAGAAUGCUUUUGUUAAAAUAUGUGACUGAUUUCAGUGUUUUUAUACUACUUUUUAUACAAUAUUUAUUCAUUAUUGAAGACUUUUUGCUUAAACAGACUGUAUGAGUUCUAUUUACACGUGUGGCCUUAUCACUGAUUCUUAAGCACACUGACAUAAUUAAUUUGUUCACUUUUUGCUGUGUAAGUAACCGAGUCCUUAAGAUCCAACUGUUACAUUUCUACAACCACCUGUAAAAAGGUUCAUUCCGACCAAAGAUGGUCCCCACGGGCAUUUAUUCUCAGGAAUAAUUAACCUAUGGUUUGUUUUCCUUUAGUGUACGAAACCAUGCUUUCAAAAAUAAAAAUAGGAAAAAAUGGCAAACCAUGA